AUGCCUUUCUUCUACGGGCGCAGCAGGAGCAACGUGACCCUGCAAGUCGCCAAGAAGUGGGCGUCUCAUGCCAUGACGUUUGAGAAUGACGGAGGUCUUCUGCUCUUCCAUAUGGUGGACUCUGUGAACGGUGUGGGGCAGGAGAUUGCAGUGAAGCCUGGAGAGCAAGAGGAGAACACUCAGUAUUUUCUUUGGAAAGACUUGGAUCCAGAUGAGCAUGAUGCCAUCAUUGCCCGGUGCAAGGAGAGACUGCGCAUGGAGGGUGUGGAACUCUUCGAUGACUGGUUGAUUAGAGCUCGACGUUUGCCACAUGUGGAACUCAUUUUGGAAGGAGCUGGCGGAACGCGUGAGACGGCGCUGGCGGAGAAAGCACAGCAAUGGUGCUUGAAAGUCACGGAGAAUCUCUUGGAAGAUGCUAGGAGAGGUCCCGAUUGGCAGUGGGGCAACCAGGAUGGACGAGGUCCCGGCACCACCGAGGCGGAUCCGGAACAAUCUGCUGGCUGGGUGACAGUGCGAUGGGAAGAUGGAUCGACCAACAGCUACCGGGUAGGUGCUGAGGGUGGCUAUGAUCUGGUGAUUGACUCUUCCUCCCCACUUUCCGCAUCACCCUCCGCACCGCGUGAAGUCUUGAGGACCGCAGAGGCAGGUGUCCGAGUGAUGCGGGGCCCGGACUGGGAGUGGGGCGAGCAGGAUGGAGGCGGCUUCGGCACCACGGAGACGGAUCCGUCGCAGAUCGAGGGCUGGGUGACGGUGCGGUGGGACCAUGAUGGCUCGACGAACAGCUAUCGAGUUGGUCGAGAUGGGAUGCAUGAUUUGAUCGUGGCUGAAGGGCAUAGAGGAUUGGGUGCAGAAGGUGAGGCUACAGUUGAAGCAUUUGCUGAGCCAGAGCCCGAUGAGGGCCAUGAUGAGCAGUGGUUGGAUGUGGAGGAAGCCACUAGCAUGCAGUGCCCCAUAUGCAUGUGUGUGCCAAGGGAUGCCCUGGUACACGAGUGUGGAAACCUUUUUUGUCAGAUUUGCUGGAGCAGAUGGAUUGCAAAGAACAGCAAGUGCCCGGUAUGUCGUGAGGAUGGGAGCAGCAUUGUCAAGGCUUUCCGUGAUCAGCGCAAGAUAUUGAACCUCAUGAUCAGAUGCCCCUUAGGUUGUGAGGAGACUUUUCGGCUGGGGGACAAGGAGGUGCAUGUGUCCCAAUGUCCAAAGCGCAAGGAGCGGUGCAGCCAAUGUGGUGAGGAGAUUCUGUCUGAGAUCAUCUCUUUUCACCAGAAGGACUGUUGCUUGAGGGCUGUAGGGGUUAGCGGUUAG